AUGAUUGAAUCAGACACUCGGGGUGCUCCAACUCAGGAGGCCAAGCUGCCCUCCAUGAGUCCCUCUUUAUCCAGACAAUCGAAUGGCCACGCCCCUCUGUCCAACCAGAGACAUCAACAGCGCUCUCCACCAAUGCUCCCAUCCUCUUCUUCGGCAACAGCUUCGUCCGUUCUGCCGCCUCCGCCGCGACUGCAUUUGUAUCGCCACCCCAUCUCAGCAUCUUACGCAUCCAGCAGCAGUUCUUACUACGACCCAAGUCGACAGCCUCCACCGCCUCUCUGGAAGGAACGUCGCUCGCCUCCCCUCGAACACCGAUCAUCGGAUGGCUCCAGCUCCUCCUUCUCGUCACGCGUUCUUCCUCCUCUCUCUACCUCAAGUUCUAGCAACGGCAGCAGUGCGAGUGCUUUCCAGCUUCCAUACUUGUCUGCAAGCCUCCCUUCAUCCACCUCUUGGCAUGGUCGCGAGAGCUCGCACGCCUCUGGCCUGAAUGGAACGCAUACAUCCGCCUUUCGAGCUUCCAGAGAGGCACUUGCAGUUGAAGAACGCAGGACCGCACAGGACUCAAAGCUUGCCUCGCUCUCGUCCGGCCAAUUUGCCGACUAUCACGCCUCUCGACAAUCUCCAGCCGAGCCCUCCUCGGCUACCAUCGUCUCUCCUUCCGCCGAUGACCCAUCACAAGCUGGCCGCAAGCCUGCCAAGGCGCAUGUUCCAUCAGCCUGUCUCAACUGCAAGCGUGCGCAUCUAGCUUGUGAUGUUGGCAGGCCCUGCCGUCGCUGUGUAAACCUCGGCAAAAGCGAUACAUGCAUCGAUGUCCAACACAAGAAGCGCGGCCGUCCUCGCUUGAAGGCUCGCCCUUCUUCCCAGGCUGGAAUCGCUACAUUGCAGUCACUCGAGGGCAAGAGAGAUGUCUCUGGCUCCCCUGCUUCCGCUUCUUACGCCCGCCAGUCUCCCGGUUCCGAACAAGGCUACUUCCGAUCGCCUACCCGAAACAAUGAGCUGCUCUCGCCUCCCGUGCUCUCUUCAAGCGCUGUGAUGCAAGUCGCUGGACGUACUCACGGUCCUGGCGCUCAUCCUCGCAGUGCCUCCAACUCGGUCUCGGCUUCGAGCUAUCCCUAUUCGCGUCCCGACCACAUUCGUCAUCCCAGCGAUGCAAGCAGCUACGGCGGCGCUUACCCAACUCCAUCCUGGUCAUAUCACCAUCAGCAACAGCAGCAGAACGGGUCGCAUGGGCAGUCGGCACAUCAUAUGGGGCAGCCUCAGCAUUCACAUUCGCUCUCGUACGAGCAAUCAUAUCAGCAGCACCAGCAUGCAUCGCAGCAACAUAGCCAGGCUCACCUCUCGUCCCAGCCUCUUGCUAGCACGCAUUUGGCAGGCUCAGCAGGUGACGCUGUCGAUAGCGUCGUGUCGGCCGUGGUCACCAUGAUCUGCUCGACCAACUUGCAAUGUGCUCGAGUCUCUGACGAAUGCUCUGCACUGCUUGGCUAUCAGCCCAGCGAGCUCAACGAGCGAUCCUUGUUCGAGCUGGUGCAUCCUUCCGAGACGAGCCGGCUCCAAGACAUUUGGACUUCGUUGAUCGACCCUGUCGGUGUCGUCCCGCAGACAGUACCUGCAGCUGCCGAAAUAGUGAUGAGCACACCUUCAGCUCGACUCAUGACGCCCGCAGCAGGUACCAUCUUUGUUCAGGAGAACAUGCGUCUCAGACAGAGGAAUGGGAUGUACGAUUUCUACAGCGUGCGACUCCACCUUGGCGGUGGCUUUGGAAUCGAUCUGUACCGACGAGAGACGCUCGACCGUGCUUACAUCGUCGCUAGUCUGCUCAAGCUAGGCAAUGAUGCCGUGCACCCGGAUCCUUCCAUCCUUCGUUCGCCAUACUCGCACGACUCGUCGCAGUCUCGAGGCUUCCGUACGCCUUCCGCUCCGCAAUCAGCAGCAGCAGCUCCUACAGCUCCUGCUCCCAACCGCAACGGUCAUAGAGAAGAUGCCGAUACGCGAGCUUCCCACCAACACGAGCAAGAAUACAGACCACGAUCGGAGUCGGUCAACCAACGCUCUGCUCAGUUCGAGAGCCAAGCCCGUCGAGGCAAUGAGGCCAUGCACUCCAGCAAAGAAGAUGCGGACCACUCACCACAACAAGAAAGGUCACGAGGCGUCAAACGUAGUAGCGCCAAGAUGGAUCGAGACGAGUCAAACGCGACUUCUUCGCGUUCAGCGCCGUCGCCUCAGAUGGCCCCUCCAUUAACAAGCGCUGCUACAGUUUCAAACACUUCAUUGUACAGCGCAUCCAAGCAUGCCGCCUACUCACCAUCUCCUGUUGUUCACUCUUUGCUGUCCAAGCGCACGCGAGACACCAGUCGAGAUGGUAUUCUCUGCUGA